UUUUUUUGUCAUCUGAAAUUUAUUAAACAUGAAACCAAAUUUUACAAGGAAGCCCAAAGAUAGGCAAAGCGUAAUAUACAACAAAAGUCUCCAGGCAAACAAAAGCUCAAACAAGAGAGCAACUAGAACAGCCCAAAAGGGACUAUGAGGACGGCCCAAACAAUAGGCCCAUUUGUUUAUAGCCCCAUGGCUUAUCGGGAAAGCUGAGUCGACAGGAACGCUGAGAUACGUGCACCAACGGAAGAAGACACGUGUCUAGAAAAUACAACUUUCACCGGAAAAUCAGAGCAUCCACAGUGAAGAGAUAACAGCUCAACAGAGCACCCGUUGCGAAGAAGACCCAAGGCAGUUGAGAAAAGAAACAGAUCUUCGCUUACAUAAAAGAGAAGAAACGAUUGCAUUCAAUCGAUCUUAGAACACCAAAUUAUCCUGAACAUGUAACACGAACAUCUUUAAAGAUACAUAUAAGCUUGAAGAUGCGAAAACCCUAUCCAAGGGGAGGAUGAAACAAUCCAGUGAUUAGAUCGAGAUUCAUUCGAAUCCCAAUAGAAGCAUAGAGAAGCGGAGAAGACGAGAUAAAAGAAAAAUCCGGACAGAAUCCAGAGCUACACAACAUCGAAGAAGAUCGAUGGUUAGCAAGAGGCCAGACGAAAUCAUCGGAGAAGAAGAUGAAUCGCCGGAGUCAAAAGCCGGCCGGCUACACCAAAAGAUGGAGAACCGCCAGAGCCGAAGGCCCGAGACAUCGGGAGUCAAAAAACCAUACAAGAUCCGACUAUAAACAAAAGAAAGUCUCAAGCUUCAACUCAUCCUCUCUGUGAAAGAUACGUAGAGAGAAAACAGAGAGGAGAGGAGCUUCUCAAACAUUUUGAAACUUCAAAGUAUUUAUGUAAGCAGUCAAAUUUUUAAUUCUUUACAUCAUUUAUAUAUCCAAAUUAAUCAAAUUAUGUUUUGCAUUUGGUUGAACUCCGUGUUAUGGUUGACCGAAGUCGGCACAACAUUUUAAACUGGUUUAGACGGUUUAAUUCAAAUUAGAGUUUUAGCUCAACUUGGAUUCGUUAACUAAGAGACUUACAAUUGAUCCGGUCUGGCUAAUCAAAAUACUGUUUAAAUCUAGUAAAUUAUUAUAAUUUACAGAAAUGUAAUGGGCCUUGUAAACGCCACGGGCUUUUCAGCCCAUCUGGAAACAGGGGGUACUAAAGAACUCGACGGCACGGCGGUGAAGCUGUGAGUGAGGAACAAGACGAAGACGAAGACGAAGAAGAAGAUGAGUUCGUCAUCAAUGGCUCUUCGAGAUAUGCAAAGAGACCUAGAGGCCAAGGCCAAUGAUCUCGCCAAAAUCCAGAAAGAAAUCGCGAAGAAUCACCAGCUGAGGAAGAAGUAUACGAUCCAACUCGGUGAGAACGAGCUCGUUCUUAAGGAGUUGGAUUUGCUAGAAGACGACGCGAACGUAUACAAGUUGAUUGGUCCAGUGCUAGUGAAACAGGAUUUGGCAGAAGCUAAUGCCAAUGUUCGCAAACGUAUUGAGUACAUCUCUGCUGAACUGAAACGGAUUGAUGCAACUCUCCAAGAUAACGAAGGACAACAAAACAGCAAGAGGGAAGCAAUGAUGAAGUUACAACAACGGCUACAAUCUAUCCAGGCAGGAAAAGCAAAGGCUUGAUUGAGCUAGUCAGUUGCAGUCGCAUUUGUCAAAGCCCUUCACUUGUGCUCGGGCACAGUCUUAAUGGUUUCAUAUUUGGUUAUUGAGGGUUCUUGUGGUUUUAGUUUUGGUGGUGAUCCCUUUGUGUCGCUGAUCUUCUUUUUAUUGACAACUGCACUUGAAUGUGUGUAUAAUAAACUUAUACAGAUCUUGUCGCCCUCUCUAGUUAUGAAAUUUGGAGAUUUACACUA